GGGGGCAGUGCCCGGGCCAGGCGGCCGUGGGGCUGGAGAAGAAGUGCAGAGCCAGGGCCGAGUGUGAAAUAGUGCCCGCGGCCGGGGGGCAGUGCCGGGGCUGGGUGCGUGCCCCGGCUGCCCCCUGUCGGGCCGGGCGGGUCCCCGGCCGCUGCCCUGGAGGCGGCUCCGUGAGUCAGUCAGGAGCGAGGGGCGGGGAGGGCCGCGCUUGUGUGACCCUCCCUGGCGGAGGCGGGAGCGGCGUGUCCGGCUCAGACCCCUCCCUCGCUCGCUGCCUGCGAGUCUCUCUCGGGGACACUCGGAGACGCCGCCGGCGGGCCCGGACCGUACGGCGCCUCCCCUCCUCCUGCCGCGGCGGCUUCCAUGUAGCACCGGGCGGGGGGGCCUACGGCAAGAUGGCGGAUCUGUCGCUGCUCCAGGAGGACCUGCCGGAGGAGAUCGACGCGUUUGGUGUGGAUGACUACAGCUCAGAGUCUGAUGUGAUUAUUAUACCUUCAGCCCUGGACUUUGUCUCACAAGAUGAAAUGUUGACGCCUUUGGGAAGACUGGACAAGUACGCUGCAAGUGAGAACAUAUUUAACAGGCAAAUGGUGGCUCGAAGUUUGCUGGACACUUUGAAGGAAGUCAGCGAUGAUGAGAGAGAUUGUAUUGCUGUGCUGGAGAGAAUCAGCAGAUUAGCUGAUGAUUCAGAGCCAACUGUGCGAGCAGAACUGAUGGAACAGGUCCCUCAUAUCGCUGUGUUUUGUCAAGAAAACAGGCCCUCAAUACCAUAUGCUUUUUCCAAAUACUUACUGCCUAUUGUGGUGAGAUACCUCGCAGACCAGAAUAACCAGGUGAGAAAAACAAGUCAGGCAGCAUUACUAGUUCUGUUGGAACAAGAACUUAUUGAGAGAUAUGAUGUAGAGACCAAAGUAUGCCCUGUUCUUAUAGAACUGACUGCGCCAGACAGUAAUGAUGAUGUGAAGACAGAGGCUGUGGCUAUAAUGUGCAAAAUGGCCUCCAUGGUGGGGAAAGACAUCACAGAGAGACUCAUUCUUCCUAGGUUUUGUGAGAUGUGCUGUGAUUGCAGAAUGUUUCAUGUUCGUAAGGUAUGUGCAGCCAAUUUUGGAGAUAUCUGCAGUGUGGUUGGGCAGCAAGCCACUGAAGAAAUGCUUCUACCAAGGUUUUUCCAGCUCUGUUCUGAUAAUGUUUGGGGAGUUCGGAAGGCUUGUGCAGAAUGCUUCAUGGCAGUUUCAUGUGCAACAUCCCAGGAGGUCCGGCGGACAAAACUGUCAACGCUUUUUAUCAAUCUGAUCAGUGACCCGUCACGAUGGGUCCGCCAAGCUGCCUUUCAGUCCCUGGGGCCUUUCAUAUCAACUUUUGCUAACCCAUCCAGCAGUGGUCAUUUUUUUAAAGAAGAAGAAAGUAAGAACACAGAGGAUCAUAGAUCUGCAGAGGAAGAUAGUGAAAAGAUCAGGGAUACAGAAGAUGUCACAACAGAGGAUGUACAUAGCAGGACAGAGAAGCCGCCUUCAGAUGCUGAUUUUAGUGAUUUUACAAUAAAACUUGAAAACACCAUGGAAGACCAUAACCCUGUGCCAAGUAAUUCUCAGAGUGAAACUGAUUACCAGACUGAGACAUUCUUAUGUUGCACUUUGUCUUCAGAAUCUUGUGGGGAAAUAGCUGAUGAGAAUGAUCAAAGUUCUAACUUCUGUAGUAUAGCAACACUGCAGGAAUCUGGGUUGAGGUCCCAGGAAACCUCCCUCUCAGAACAGGAAUUGUACAACUCUUUCCAUUUCUGGAGGACUCCGCUUCCUGAAAUAGAUAUUGAUUUAGAGCUUCAGCAAACUGAUCAGAUAAUGUCCAACCCAGAAAUUCGGGAAGGAACAAAAGACGUGACGGUACCAGUGUUUUCAAACAUUACUAUGGCCACGAGGAAGGAGCUGGAAGAAAUGAUAGAAAAUCUGGAGCCUCAUGUUGAUGAUCCAGAUGUUAAAGCACAAGUGGAGGUGUUGUCUGCUGCACUCCGAGCCUCCAGUUUGGACCCUCAGGAAGAAACAGCAGGCAUUGGCAAGGGAAUGGACUCUCAAAAUGAACUGAGCAUCAAAGACCAACUGAAUUAUAAACUAAUUCACGAUGAUACUGUGUCUUUAAUUAGCGACACUGUUGAGAACAUAGAUUCCACUCUCCGCUAUAUUCAUAAUGAUUCAGACUUGAGCACCGAUAGUAGUUUCAGCCCUGAAGAGGAGAGAAAGUCCAAAGUACAGGAUGUUGUACCUCAAGCCUUGUUGGAUCAAUAUUUAUCCAUGACUGAUCCUUCUCGUGCACAAACGGUUGAUACUGAGAUUGCUAAACAUUGUGCGUAUAGCCUGCCAGGUGUGGCACUUACGUUAGGUAGACAGAACUGGCACUGUCUGAAAGACACCUAUGAGACACUAGCAUCUGAUAUGCAGUGGAAAGUUCGAAGGACAUUAGCAUUCUCUAUACAUGAGCUUGCAGUUAUCCUGGGAGAUCAACUCACAGCUGGAGACUUGGUUCCAGUCUUCAAUGGAUUUUUAAAGGAUCUAGAUGAAGUCAGGAUAGGUGUCCUUAAACACUUGCAUGAUUUUCUAAAGCUUCUUCAUCUUGACAAAAGACGAGAAUAUCUUUAUCAGCUCCAGGAAUUCUUAGUGACCGAUAACAGCAGGAAUUGGCGUUUUCGAUAUGAGCUGGCAGAGCAGCUGAUCUUGCUUAUAGACCUAUACAGUGCCAGAGAUGUUUAUGACUAUUUGCGCCCUAUUGCCCUUAGCCUCUGUGCAGAUAAGGUUUCCUCUGUUCGAUGGAUUUCCUACAAGCUGGUUAGUGAAAUGUUAAAGAAGCUGCAUAUGGCUUCAACAUCAACUUUCAUGGUAGACCUCAUGAACGAACUUGUUGAAAAAUUCUGCAGAUGCCCAAAGUGGUCCGGUCGGCAAACAUUUGUCUUUAUCUGCCAGACUGUCAUUGAAGAUGACUGCCUCCCAAUGGACCAAUUUGCUGUGCAACUACUGCCUCAUUUACUACACUUGGCAUCCGAUCGGGUUCCAAAUGUUAGAGUACUACUUGCAAAAACUUUAAGGCAAACCCUUCUAGAGAAAGUUAGUUUGCUGUAGACAAGUGGAGAAAAUAGCACCAGUGUGAGAAGCCACUUAUGACAUUGUACUCUCCUGAACCUUACCCCCAGGGGUGGCAAGGCUUAGCCUGGACUGACCUUUGAGGCCCUGAUCGUACCUGCAAGCCUGUUGACAACAUCACAACUUCUAGAGCUAUUCUGUAAUGUUGGAGAAAUGGAUGGAUUCAUUUUCCCCCUCUUAGCCCAUUUUCCUUGACCAGUUUUCCCUAAAUGGGCUAGUUUUGGGAAAUUAAGGAUAUUGCUCAGCCUGCAUACUGGUGAUUCACUGAUGUGACGUAGAACAAAUGUGUUGUGUUUGGUCUAAAAAUUGAUGCUGUAUGCAAUAAAGGCUGGGGAUCAGAAAAACAGACUUCACUGCUAACCCUGUCUCUUGUCCCUCUGGGAGAGGAGAGGUGGCUAGUGCUGUUCUGUUUUCCUUUUGAGAGUGAAGGGAGAACCUUUCCAACAUUUCAACAAGGGAACUGCUAUUGUCAAACUGUAGACUUCCCUUAGGGAAAGCAUCCCCAGUGCACAGCGGUGCCCAGAAAAAGCUAGCAAUGUUAGGAUGUUAAGAGUGGGGUGGAAAAUAAUACUGGAAAUAUUAUGCCAUUAUAUAAAUCAGUGUUAUUCUCUCAUCUGGAAUACUGUGUUCAGCUCUGGUCACCCUCAUUUCAAAAAGACAUAACAGAAAUAGUUUAGAGGAGACAAAUAGGACAUGAUAAUUAUGUAAAAUAAUGAACAAUACAGAGGAGACCGUUUCAGCAUUCCUAUUUACCGUUUAUCAAUACAAGAACAAGGAGACAGCCAAAUAAACUGAAGGGCAUUACAUUUAAAAAUGAUAAAAGAAGUAGAAAAUUUUAUGCAACACUUAAUUAAGCUGUGGAACUCAUGAAUUCUUGUAACAGAGAGCCUUGCUUUAGUCAGAAAAGACAUUUACGUGGAUAAUAUUCAUAGCUGAUUUAUAGUUUAUUUGUAUUAUGGUUGCAUCUAGAGGACCCAGCCCUGUUGUGUAGGCACUGUACAAAUGUAUAACAGUCCCUAUCUCACAGAUCUUACAAUCUAAGUAUAAAACGAGAGACAGUGGAUAGAUUAUUCAAUUUAGAUUUAAAAAAUAAAAUUAAAAGGUAUAUUAAUUGGUAUACUUCUGGGAAUAAAUCAACCACAAACUGCUGUGGAAAGGGAAGAUUUUUUAAUACAAUUGUAUCAUAUAAUUUUAAAAAAAACUGUCACAUAUUGGGGUUUCUUGCAUGCUGUUUAUUCAUAUUACCAUUUUUAUUGUGUGGUAGCAUCUGUCAUUAGAAUGGAAUAGCAUGGCAGUUUAUUUGUAUUACCUUCCUUUAGAAAUAUAAACACAUUGAUUUUGGGACUCCUGUUCUUAGCAGGAGUUUUUCCCUUUGCACAUGUUGUCUGCCACUUAUUACACUGAAGGAAUUUUAGGGGUCUUGUACUCCUAUACCAUGAGGACAACUAUAUUAUACUUGAGUCCUCCAGCACAUGUAUUAAUCACCCAGUAUUUUGUUAGUUUGUGAAUACAUUUAAAUUAAUACAUUAUUUGCUUGCUUACAAGGAUUGGGUGUGACUGUAGUUAGAGUAGAUAUUGCCCUAAUAUUUAAUGUCAUGAAUCAGUAUCUGCCUACAGCAUAAGGAUUAAACUAAAAUAUCCAAAAACUUUGAUUUGUUAAUACAGAAUUUCAGUCUCACUGAUAGCCUUUCCGUAUUAAAACAGAAGCCUCUGUUUGCCCUUGAUGUAGAAGCGUGCUCAUGUUUUUGAAUAUAACACUGUAGCAUAGUAGCUGGGUUUUGCACCAAAAUAUAAUAUUGUUACUC